AUGAGAGUAUCGUCAGCUACGUUUUCAUGCAUCCUGUUUAGUGUCGCUACGAAUGCCUUUGUGGUGACGAAUACUAAUGGAGUUUCUUCGUGGAAUCAUCGGCAAAACACACGGUUAUUGGAGGGCACAGAUACCAAGGACACAGAAAAACUUGUUAGAGAAGAACUUAAGGAGCGAAACACUAUUAUCGAUAAGGAAGAGCAAUAUGCCGUUGUUGAUGGCGAAGGUUUCGGGACAAUACCAGAAGAUACCGAAACAACCACAACAACUUCAAUCGAUCGCAAAUCAUGGGAAGCAAGACUGAAGAAAAUGACAAAGAAGAGAGCUUACCCUCUUUUCCUCGCGGAAAAGGCUGCUGAGAUUGGGGAAAAAAUACUUAGCGAUAUAUUUGAUGCUCCAAAGUACCCGAUCGGUAGCGAGAAGGAAAAGAUUGUUGUUCUUGGGACUGGGUGGGGCGCAGCAUCAUUCUUGAAGGAUGUAGACGCGAACUUCUACGAUGUGACAAUUGUUUCGCCAAGAAAUUACUUUCUCUUUACUCCCAUGUUAGCUGGGGCUAGUGUUGGCACUGUCGAAUUCAGAUCCAUUACUGAACCAGUGCGAGAGAUUAAUCGCAAGGCAACAUAUCUAGAGGGUAUUGCCACAGGCAUUGAUCCGAAAACAAAGACACUAUCAUGUGAAUCUGUUACUUGCAACGGAAACUCGUGCGAGAUUACAGAUUUCUCUGUUGAGUAUGACCGAUUAGUCAUCACUGUAGGAGCUCAGACCAAUACAUUUGGAAUUCCAGGAGUCCGAGAAUACUGCAACUUCUUGAAGCAAAUUGAAGAUGCCCGAAGAAUUCGUACAGCCAUUGUGAACUGCUUUGAGCGUGCAAACCUCCCGGGAUUGACCGAUGAAGACCGCAUUCGAGAUCUCACAUUUGCUGUGAUUGGUGCCGGUCCAACAGGCAUCGAGUUCGCUGCAGAGCUUCGUGACUUUAUUGAGCAAGAUGGUCCCAAAUAUUACCCUAAACUUCUCAAGUUUGUUCGAAUCAAGGUGAUUGAGGCUUCGUCCACCAUCUUAGCACCUUUCGACAAGUCGCUGCAAGACGAAGCUAUCACUCAAAUGAACAGAAGAGUGCAAGUCAACGACGAAAUUACCUCCUCCAUGCUUCCAUCAGGAUUCAAGUUGGUGGAACUGUUGCUUGAUAGCUCUGUGAAGGAAGUCACGGAAAAGACAAUUCACCUCAAUGAUGGAAGCAGCAUUGACUACGGAGUCGCUGUUUGGGCUGCCGGAAAUGGUCCUUUGCCAUUUACUCUGGAUGUGAUUGAACAGUUGGGCGAAGCGCAAGCUGCUCACCAAGGCACUGCUAGAGGACGCAUUGCCACUGACCCCUGGUUGCGAGCGGAUGGAAGUGAGGGAAGCAUCCUUGCGUUUGGUGACUGUUCCUGCGUCAUUGAUGGGCCCGAUGGAUUCCUUCCAGCAACAGCACAAGUGGCAUCCCAACAGGGAGAAUACCUCGCUUAUCUGUUGAACGAUGAAUUUGAAAUCAGUCCUCCCAUAUCGGACGAUGGAGUCUUUUUGCCCCCACGAAAGAACCCAGAGAGCGACGGAAAGCUGUCCGAAGCCAUCGCCAGCUUCUCCACUAAUGGAGGGGAAUAUGCCAAACCAUUCCAAUUCUUGAACCUUGGCAUCUUGGCGUACACUGGAGGAGGCUCGGCUUUGGCACAAGUUUCGACUCUUCCAAGCGCUCCACCAAUUAAGGGACGAGGCAAGAUUGGAAAUGCCUUGUGGCGAAGUGUAUACCUCAGCAAGCAAAUAAGUGUGAGGAAUCGCGUGCUGGUGAUCAACGAUUGGAUCAACCGACAGAUCUUUGGCCGAGAUAUUACAAGACUAUGA